ACUACUCAACCACUGAUUGUGGAACUUUGACAAAAGACAUGGCGUCCACUCGUCAGAGAUCCGGCAGUCAAGGAGCAGCAUCGAAUGAGGUACAUUAUAGAAUUGUUGUACUCGGAGCUGCUGGUGUAGGCAAGUCAUCCAUCAUAUCACAGUUUUUAUACGAAAGGUUUAACAGUGAAUAUAAAGAGACAGUGGAGGAAUUACAUCGAGGACAGUAUAACAUCGGUGGUAUUAAACUGACAUUAGAUAUUCUUGAUACUGCUGGACAUAGAGAAUUUCCCGCCAUGAGAAAGUUAGCGAUAACGACAAGUGAUGCAUUCGUUUUAGUGUAUUCAGUAACGGACAUGACUUCAUUUGAUGAGGUACAAAAACUACGAGAAGAAAUAAUAUCUCAGCGUGGUAAAGUGCCCAUAGUUAUAGUCGGAAAUAAAGCUGAUAUAAACACUGAUGUGUCGACAAUGGACACAGAAACAAUUGAAUCAAUAGCUUGUGUAGACUGGGAAUCUGGCUUUGUACAAGCUUCAGCUAAGGAAAAUACGAACAUUGUAGGAAUUUUUCAAGAACUGUUACGGCUGUCUAAAUUUUCUAAUUCAUUUAGUCCGGAUUUAUUACGGAGACGGAUGUCUAUGCCAGCUUCACUUUCAUCUCAAUCUCUUGUUAAAAGACAAAGUUGUGUAAUAUCAUGAAACCAUUGUUUACUUUCGCUUACGUUUUAUAUAUAUUCAUUUGCAAUAAUAAAGAAUAUUAAGGCUUAACAGUUUUUGUUUACCAUAUACAGAUACAUAAGCAUACUAUACCAAACGUAAAGUUUAAUCUUUAUAUUUCAGAGAUUUAACUUCAGCUAGAAACCUAUGAAAUGCUCGUCAAAAUAAAC